GACUCGCUCAGCCUGACAAGCUUACACAUCAACUUGUGAUCACAUUGUGUGGAGAGCAGCAAACUUUUUUGGAUCUUCUACCGGAGUCGAUCUUCCACUAAGGGAAUUAUCAGCAAGAUGAAGGCCAUCAGCCCAGUGAGAUCAAUGCCCAGCUGCUACCAGGCUGUGUGCUGCCUGUCCGAACAGAGCCUGAGCAUUGCCAGGAGUAGUGGGCACAAGGGAGGCGUAGAAGAACCCAUGGGUCUCCUCUAUGACAUGAAUGAUUGCUACUCCAAGCUGAAGGAGCUGGUUCCUGGCAUCCCUCAAGGCACCAAACUAAGUCAAGUCGAGAUCCUCCAACAUGUUAUUGAUUACAUCUUCGACCUGCAGAUCGUAUUGGGGGAAGAACAGGAACACAACAACCUCUUAGCACUACAGAAUUCAGAUUUCUCAGCAAUGUCGACAGAAGAUGCCAGUCUGUGCCAUUGACCCAUCUGCCUGUCAUGGUGUGGGAAACUCUUGAAAAGAAAAAAAAAAGUUCUUUCCAUGAAGCAUCAGAAUCCAACAUGCAAGAAUUUUUAACCUCUUCAGAUCCGGCAAUCAAGAUCCAUUCCUAUAAAAGACUUUUUCUUCCCCCCCCUCUCAUGAGAACUUUUCAAGACCAACAGAGAGUAUUAAUUCUACAAGUGACUAUGAACUUUGAUCAAAUUCCAUUUAAAAAAAAAAAUUAUAACCCAAUUCCAAUCUAUCUGAUUUAUAAAUAAAUGGUCCUCCAUCACCCUACAUAUAUUUUUAUGACAUUCCCAAAGAUGUUCUGGACCAAGAAAACCAUUUUAUUCCCCCCACCCCCAAAUGAGUACUAUAUCAACUUGAAUUUCUGUUACUGAAAGAAAAUGACUCUCUUGAGCUGUAUAUAUAUUUUUGUAAACUUUUUAUGCUUUCAUGUGAAAAUCUUAUAUUUUGUAAGGACAUAGAUGCCUUAAUCUGUGGCGAUGACCUCAGAAUGAUCCCACUCUCUAAAGUAGAGAAUAAUGUCUUGGAACUGCUGUUUCCUAAUUUUAGAAAAAACUUUUUAUAAAAGUUGUUACUUUAUGUGUACAUAAUAAAAAAAUCUUAUUUUUAA